AUGAUUGCCUUGAGUUGGCUCAACUUUACACUUACUACCACACCUUUUCCAGUAACUGUCGCCACUGCAUGUGUCACCCCCGGAGCUGUCACUCAGUCUUCAGCAAUUAUUUUCCGCUGCAAUGCCAGUGACCCCAUUGUCAAUCAAUAUACCGCACAAGGGAACGAAGCGUGCGUAGAUAACUCUCUGGCAUCCAAUGUGUCUAUUCCACUACUGGCAGACAUGAACGCGCUGGGCUCAGUUUUCAUCCGUUCCAACGGCCUGCCCUCUACCGCCGGCUACUUCCGCAGUGUGAGAAAGCCCCUGAUUCUGGAUUCAAAAUGGUAUAUACUGCUGAUACACAACUGUCCAAUCCCAAGCAAUGCAGUAACCAUCUCGAACGCAGACUGUGGUUAUUGGCACACCAUCCAAAUGAACGAGACAUGUGACACUGUUACAGAGAUGUUCGGAAACAGCUUCGUGGCUGCUUCCAGCAAGCCCGGCCUUCGACAAGCCACUGCAACGGCGCGACUAACGGCUUCCAAGAGUUCAGUGUCUGCUAUUAACAGCGCGAAUACGAUGACUACUAGCAAGAUCACUCAAUCUUCCGAAGCGACUUCUAUGGCAUUUUCGUCCGUGAACACCUCCCCAGAUGGCAUUCGCGGCGAGUCUACCGGCUAUUCGUGCACCAACUCAGCCGCAAAAUUGGCUACUGGUGGGUUGAACCAGGGCCUUCGCUUAGAGUGA